CAGGCUUAUAAGAGACUAGUGUUUUCACAACAAGAAGCUCUUAGUUUUAUGAAAUGCAUUUUCAUUGCAUUUUUUGCAAUUCCAACCUGCACUGUGCACAUGUCUGAAAAUUUUUAAGUAGUCUCUUAACAUAGGUUGUAAUUAAGAUGGAUUACUUCAGUCUGUUUAACAAUACCAGAUUUUACAUUAGAUUACAGACCUCUAAUUUUAUAUAAGUGUCCAAAUGAAAACAUGGGCAAGUGAGAAGCACAGAAGCUUGGCUGAUGGGACGGGUGGUCAGUUGUUGAUGUUCUGCUGGAUAUUUGUGUGCAAUAAUAUAGAAGAUACAGUGCUUCACAUGUUGAAUUAAAGUGUUUUUGAGUUCCUGAACAAUGUGCACAUGAUGAUUACAUUUUCAAUUCUUGUAGUCACUAUACACAUUCACCAAGGUUAAAGCCAACAUGAUUAUACACUAAACACAUGCAGUGGAGUUAAAGCUAACAUGGCAUGGUGUCAUGUUCACCAGAGUUGUGUAACACACAGGGUUUGUUUGUUUUUUUCCCCCUUUCUUGUUACUCGUCGUACAGACAGGAAAUGUUUAGUCGAGAUAAGCUGAGAUAACACGGAGCUCGUUGAAAUGCCAAGAAUCUAACGGCUCUUGAUCCUUUCUUGAACCUUAUAGCCGUUUACUGAGCACAAGUUAAUGAGCAACAGGAGCAACAACCUUGAUUUUCGCAACCCGAAACAUACGUCUCUGGUCUGGUGCAAUGGGCAUUCUUAUGCUUAACCAACCUUAAUGCAGUUUGCUUACACUUUGCUGUGGUGUAAAUUCCUCAGGGGUGUUUACCUUUCACCUAGUUUUCACUAGCCCUGCCUAGCUCUGCUUUUUCUGUCUUUUCUUUUUUCUUGCUGAUUUCAAUGCUGAUCUGCUGGCAGUGUUUGCCAGUUUUUUCCAGUUUAGUUCAUAGAUAAAGCAACUUAUCUUAUCAUAGCUCAUUAUACCUCUUAUCUGUUACUUGUAUAAAUGAUACGAUAUCUUUAAGUUGAUCAAAAUGUUGUUGUUACACUGUGUCAGAAUCUGAUAAUAGGAAUUAAAAUGAUUAUUACUCACCUGAGUACAGAUUAAGCUCUCAAAAGUUUCAGUCUAGUCAGUGAGAUAUUGAUAUUAAAUCUAGAGGGACCCGCAGAAAAAGGCUCCUUCAUGGCACGUGCCUCAGACAUGACCUGAGCAGGUGUGCUGUGCCUCUGUUGUCACUGACAAAAAGGAGCUGAAAUAACACAGGUGCAGAGUUUUAGAGUACUUGAGAUAUUCCAGAUAUGACAUAAAGCUCAUCACCUCACUGGGAUCUGGUGAUGGUGAAAAAAUCACGUGUUUUGUAUUAUUUUAGAUGCAGUAGGUGUAGCUUCCACAGAGAUGCAUUCCAGUGUGACAGUCACUGUACCUCAGGGCAUUAUCCAUAGCCUUUUUUUGUGUGGGGGAAAAUCAAUUCCCUUUGUGAAGAGAAUCAGUAAUUGCUUAAAAAUAUCCAAUAACAUCAGCAGCCGGUCAGCGCUUCCCCCAUCAAACAUCAAAUCAAGUUUCAAGCUCACUUUGCAUUUGAAAGGAGUUAUUUUUGAACUCGUCUUUAAAAAAUGCUUAAAUGCUCAUGAUGGAUGUGUUCAGCUUAGCAUAAAUGUUUUGCUAACUCAUUUUCAGCCUGAUGAAUCAUCUUCACUUUAUUCGCUACCACCUUCAGGGCCCAGCAGCUGCUGUAAACAAGUUACAUACGAGAAAUAUCACAGUUCACGAUGUGCCGAGGUUACUGCUGCAAUCUCUUUUACGUUGUCUGGUUUAAGGGGGCCAGUUGAUGUUAAAGAAAGCAGCAGUAGAGAUGUUCUUGUACAUCUCCUGGAUAGCUAAAUCUCAUAGCCAAGGACUUGUUAGCAGUUAAUCUAAUAUUUAUCUGGCAGACACUUUAAUUUGUUAUUGCUACAAAAGGUCUUUUAUGGUGAUUUACAUUUAUAACUCCUCACCUAUGGGGUGUACUUUAAAGUAAAAGCAAUGGCUUAAUAAGGUUUGUUGAGCCUAAAGCCAGAGUGUUCAGUGUCAAGGCCACACUGCUUUGGUGAUUUAUGCUGAACGGCAUCUGUUCAGAGUUGUGGAUUAAAAUGGGCUGUAAACGGAGUGGCUGUAAAGUGUAGUUGUUUACACAUUUUCCUAACAAGUGAAAGAUCAGAUCGGUUGAAUUCCGGGAGGAGACACAAAUCCCUUUGGGGGAUUGCAUCAGGGAGAGCAUCCGGUGUAAAAAUCUGCCAAAUCAAACAUGCGGAGCUACCCACUGUGGUGACUCUAAAAGCAGCUAAAAGUAGCUUUUAUUCACUAUGAGCAUAGAUUCAUGGAAAUCCACUGAGCAGUACAGCAAUAAUGCUGCAGUUCAAAGCUGUGCAGUAAAAUAGUAAAAAAAUUAUGUUUGUUUGCAUGAUUAGCCAAACUCUUUUCUUCCAGCGUCUUUCUUUCUUACCUCAUUUGUAGCACCAGUGACGCUUUUUCCUGUGAUAAAAUUUUAAUAUAUUUCUUUAUGAGUGAAGUGGAAUCAGCCUGUUUUGUGCGUUUUAUGGGCCAUUUUAUGGGUGUGCCCCAGAGUCACAGGAAGAAGGUCUGGGUUAGCAAAGAAAGAUAAAAACCAUUGUAGUUAUAACUCUUAUCUUCAGCUGGAUUUUAUGUUUUCGACCUGUGUAAUAUAUCAGUGUUGCUUUUGAGCCAAACCCCAAACACUGAGUUGAUUAACAGAAAACUCAGGGUCAGGCCGAUGAGACUCUGUGUAAUCAACUCCAAGUAUGUUUACUCUGAAUUAGGGGUGCCAAGAAAAGUCAUCAAUAGAGUUCCAAUACCACAAGUUCCCAUUGCAUUACAGAGCUGAGAGGCCACAUUUCAAUUUAGUGGAGCAGAAAUAUGAAUGCAUGCCAGGUCGUGUGUAUGCGUGUAGGUCAUGAGCUUUUUCUUAAAAAAUAAAGUAGUAGAAUGAAUCAGAAAGUUCACACUGUUGCUUUUCAUUCAGUGCCCUCUGUUCAUUUAUGUGUGAAUGAGUUUGGACUCAUUCACACAUUCACAUAGUCAGCAGCACUAUAUGGUGAUUUCUAUCAGUGUGGUCGAUCACAGCAUCACAUAAGAUUGUUAGUUUAUUAGUGUCUAAAGCUUCAUACUGUUGUGUUUUAUUUAAACAGUGAUUACUACAGUAAUGAACAGAUGUUUUAACUGCCAGGUUAUCAGUGGCUUAAUGUCUACAGAGCUCAGUUAUAAUCAGGCACAGUUCCUCUCUAGGUAACAGAUUAAUAAUACAAGCAUGUUAUUAUUAUGUCCUUGUAUAACAGAUAUGUGCUUUGACAUUGGCCAUGUAAUGAUUAACAGCUCCUUCAGGCUCAGCAGGAGGGGAGGCCAGAACAACGUGUCAGGUAGCAGGUUUUUAAGCAUUUCUGGAAUGGAAAAGCACAGAAUUUGCCUCAUCCCAAGGUUAACAGAGUCUCGCCGAUCCUGUUCAUCUGGAAAACCUGUUAGAUAUUUAAACAGGUGUCUGUUCUGUUGUGCCUGUUUUAAAAGUUGGCACCUGGAAUGUUAAAUGCUUUCACCUGAUGUCUACUUUCGCCUGAGGUUCACUGUGCACGGCAGUCAUGGCAGAAGCCCACCAAGCCGUCGCUUUUCAAUUCACCGUUACCCCAGAUGGCAUUGAUCUGCAGCUGUCCCACCAGGCCCUCACUGAGAUCUACCUCUCUGGCAUGCGUUCAUGGAAGAAGCGUAUCGUCAGAGUUAAGAACAGUGUGAUAACAGGAGUGUAUCCUGCUAGUCCGUCAUCCUGGCUGUUUGUGGUCAUUGCAAUCCUGGCUACUAUGUACACUCGCUCAGACCCCUCCAUGGGACUCAUAGCCAAGAUACAGGAGCACCUGCCAGUCAGCCAGUCGAUGAGUACGCAGUGCCAAGCAGUGGUGUCAGCAGUGCUCUUCAGCACCAUGCUUUGGCUAAUGCUCAUUUUCACUAUGCGCCUGUGCCUCAAGCAGCUCCUCUCCUACCACCGCUGGAUGUUCGAGCAGCAUGGCAAGAUGUCCACCACCACCAAAAUCUGGGUGGCGCUGGUGCGCAUCUUUUCUGGCAGAAAGCCUCUGCUCUACAGCUAUCAGGGUUCGCUGCCAAAUCUCCCUGUGCCCACCAUCAAGGACACAGUCAAGAGGUACUUGGAAUCAGUGCGUCCGCUGAUGGACGAUAAAGAGUAUGAACGCAUGACGAAGCUGGCCGCAGAGUUUGAGAGCAGCCUUGGUAACCGCCUGCAGUGGUACCUCAAACUCAAAGCUCUCUGGGCUUCAAACUAUGUCAGUGACUGGUGGGAGGAAUAUGUCUACCUCCGGGGUCGAGGCCCAAUCAUGGUCAACAGUAACUACUAUGGCAUGGACUUCUUGUAUGUGACUCCAACUCCCAUCCAGGCAGCCAGGGCCGGCAACAGCAUCCAUUCAUUCUUCCUUUACCGCCGCAAACUCAACAAAGAAGAGCUCAAACCUAGUCGUAUACCAGGCACUGUCAUUCCUCUGUGUGCAGCUCAGUGUGAGAGGAUAUUCAACACCACACGCAUUCCUGGAGAGGAGACGGAUACAGUCCAGCAUUGGCAGGACAGCGACUACAUUGUGGUUUACCACAAAGGGCGCUACUUUCGUCUCAGGGUGUACCAGGCAGGCAGACUUCUGUCUCCGAGGGAGAUUGAAUUCCAGAUUCAGAGGAUCCUAGAUGACCCUUCACCUCCUUCCAAAGGGGAGGCCAAACUUGGGGCCCUGACUGCUGGAGACAGAAUUCCCUGGGCUAAGGCCAGGACCAAGUAUUUCAGCAGCGGGGUCAAUAAACGCUCUUUGGACUGCAUUGAGAAGGCCGCCUUCUUUGUGACACUGGAUGACGAAGAACAGGGCAUGAUGGGAGAUGACCCAGCAGCCAGUUUAGACCGCUAUGCCAAAUCUCUAUUGCACGGGAAAUGUUAUGACAGGUGGUUUGACAAGUCCUUCACAGUUGUGUACUACAAGAACGGGAAAAAUGGCAUCAAUGCAGAGCACUCGUGGGCUGAUGCGCCAGUGCUGGCACACGUGUGGGAGUACACUCUGGCCAAUGACAGCUUCCAGCUCGGUUACAACGCAGAAGGUCACUGUAAAGGAGACGUGGAUCCCUCCCUGCCCCGACCAGUGAAGCUCAGCUGGGAGAUCCCUCCAGAAUGUGAAGAGCAGAUCGCUCAGUCUCUGGCUGUGGCCCAGGCGUUGGCUGAUGAUGUGGACUUCCAUGUUUUCUCCUUCCAAGAAUUUGGCAAAGGAAAAGUCAAGAAGUGUCGAGUCAGUCCAGACGGCUUCAUUCAGAUGGCUCUUCAGUUGGCCUACUUCAGGGAACGGGGGACUUUCUGUUUGACAUAUGAAGCCUCCAUGACCCGUCUGUUCAGGGAGGGCAGGACCGAGACCGUUCGCUCCUGCACCAACGAGUCUAGCGCCUUCAUCCGAGCGCUGGAGGGCGGAGAGGCAACAGACGUGUGCAAAUGUUUGUUCCGAGUUGCCUCAGAAAAGCACCAGCUACUUUACCGCUUGGCCAUGACUGGAGCCGGCAUCGACAGACACCUGUUCUGCCUCUACGUGGUGUCCAAAUACCUCGGAGUGGAGUCUCCUUUCCUCAAAGAGGUUCUGUCUGAGCCGUGGAGGCUGUCCACAAGUCAGACUCCCAUCCAGCAGGUGGAGCUGUUUGACAUAGAGAACCACCCUGAGUAUGUCUCCUGUGGAGGAGGCUUUGGACCGGUGGCCGAUGAUGGAUAUGGGGUGUCCUACUGCGUUUUGGGAGAGAACAUGAUUAACUUCCACAUCUCAUGCAAACACUCAUGUCCAGACACUGACGCUCAUAAGUUUGGUACUCAGAUCAGACAAGCCCUCCGAGAUCUGCUAAAGCUGCUGAGCCCCAACCAAACAGAGCCCAGCAAAACGGAAGAGAGCCAACCCAAGGUCAAGAAAGAGCAGUAGAUAUUCAAAUCAGAAGAUGUGAUGCUGAAGGGAACAUGUGCAGGCAUUACAAUAUGAAGUAAAGAAAGGCGUUUUUGUUCUUAAUUUAGUCUGAGACUUUUAAAGCCAGGUAGAUGAUAUUCGGGAGACAGCUCCACUGGAAAAUGAUAACAACGGAGGUGAUGUUUUUACUGACAUGCAUAUGUUUGUGCGUUUAUAUUAGCUGUGCGAUGGGUGCAUGGAGCGAGAAAGGGUCCACAGAGCUGGUUUUAACAGUGAAACAACUUGAAAUGUGCACAUGUGUAAAUGAAAAGUACAGUGGGGCCAGAACACAUCGCACAUCUCAGUGUUAGGAUGGAAGAUCCUAACUUCACCUUAUUGCAGGGAGUAAAUGAAUGCAAAUUUAUGCAGUGUGUUUUCGGCACAAGUAAAGAUAAAACUCUCCUCUGUUGUUGGAUCUGUUUGGGAAAACGCUGUGGGAUAUUAGUGUGAAUUUUGGAGUAUUGGCAUGGGGAGAAAACAUGAUGGACUGUUGAGGUGACUUCAUUUUCUACCAUCUGAAUGCAAAACUGCUGUAACUAUGACACCAGGUAUUUUAAAAUCAUGGAAGUCUGUGACUUCUCAGUGUUUACUCGAUGUGUAUAAAUUGCUUUUUACAUACACAACUGUAAUGCUGUACUUAAAGCACCAGGCUGGUUAUACAUGUAGUGAAGAUACAUGGCUAUUUUAAAUUCAUUAAAUAUAUCCAGUGCCAUAUUUUUUUUUUUUUUCUUGGAGGCUUAGUUUGUAUUCACUAAGUUUAACUUACAAAGUUAGCAGACGUACAAUCUAGUUAUUCAACUGCUAUAAAUGUAUUUUAUAUUUUUACUUUAUUGUUACCACUGUUUAAAAGCACCAUAACAAUGCAAGUUGUAUUUAUGAACAUGAUGUGCAAUUAUUCAGUCCCACGCAGCGCUGCAGGUCAGACCUGGAUUAGAUGUAAAGUGUACCUGUGACACAGAUUGAUGUUUUUCUCCACUUACUGCUGCCUUCUUUGGUUUUUACUCCAGAUCAGCUUCUCUUAUUAUGUUGUUCUCGUGAGCCUUUUUAAUGCAAUAUUACGAGGGGAAAUAAAGAUAUUCUUAAAGAAAAAAA